AUGAAAUUAUGGUAUGCAUCGUCUAGAAAAUCUCAAACGUUUUAAUUUCCAAAGAGGUAAAAAACAACUACCACUUUCUCAGAAAUGUACCAUCCUCUUGCAAACUCUCUCGGCUGUGUAUAUUCUCUUUGUUGCUUCUGAUGAAUGAUUGUGCAUCUGGACCCAUCCUCGCUGUAGCUCCCACCCCCACCACUGAAAGCACACACACCCUGACCCCCAACCUGCAUCUGAUCUGCAGCUUCAAGGAAGAGGUCUGGUCGUGUGGCCCCAGCUUUUUGCAAAGGAACACCUCCCUGUGGGCGGUUCAAGGUGGGGAUGGAGCCUUUGAGAAAGGUCACUGAGGAGGGGCUUCCCAGGCAGACACCAAGGGGGAAUCAACCACCUGAAUUCAACAGAACCAACCACUGAACCUGAAUUAUUUGAGACGCCGAACCUAUAGCAGGACUGCAGCUCAGUUUUGAUGCCCCUGGUACAGUUUUGAAUCCCAGAGCUUAGCUAUCAGGUUUUAUCCCAUGCAUAUCUGAAGAUCUGCCGUUAAAAGCCGGCCUUUUAUUACGCAGAUUUGGGUUGCCUCUGCAGCACAGAUUGGCAGGUAUUUUGGAGCACCAAAGAGUUUUCUAUUUCAUAAAUAAUUUUUUUUUGCUAAAAAUUGGGGGAAGGUUUGGGUUUGCUGCACGGGAGAGCAGAGUGCUUAGUCCACAUCUUCCUGCUUCCGUGGUCGAGGAGGAAAGCAACCUAGCACCCUAUUCCAACAACCUUCUCUGGAUUCCACCGGCUUCGCUCCCACAGAAUUCCUCACACAGUCACGACGUUUCGCCCUCGCCCAACGAAGGACUGCGCAGAACCAGGAAAUGUUUGUAUCUUUUCUUGGGAUCAUGCUACUUUUUCUACGCGCUGCUGGGUCAUGGGGGAACACCGAAAUCCCACCGACGCUGGUAAACAUCUCAGCAUCUCCUGGCGCCACUGUCAACAUCAGCUGCAACAUUCCAAAAGGAACUUAUGUGGCCAUAGUGAGCUGGUACAAAGAAGAACAUGAAGGGGGGUUGCAUAAGGUUGGAGAGAUUUAUGCCCCUCUUCAAAAACCAGGAGCAAAAACCUCAAGUCAAGUAAACCUGACCAGACACAACGUCCAGAAAAGUGAUUCCGGGGUGUAUUACUGUGUUACAGCUAUUGCUCAGGAUUUCACCUUCCUGAGUGGGAUGAGGCUGAUCGUCUUAGGAACUUCUGGGUCAAGACUUUCCCUCCUUGCUCCUUCCGCUGCAGAAGACACUGAGCUCUCCCACCACGUUCCCCUCCUCUGCCUCCUGAGUGACACAAACCCUGAUGAGGAUACUUUCUCCUGGGAUAUUGGUGGGGAAACCUCUCAGGACCAGAAGGAUGGCGACAUGAUCGAUGGGGAAGGAACCUUCACCAUUUGGAGUCUGAAGCUGAUUCCUCCAGAGAGAUGGAGGCAAGGGAUGGGUUAUUCCUGUUCAGACCAGGAGAGGAGAAACAUCAGUGCGGUGGUCCCUUCGAACGCAACAUCUACAACCAAAGAAGACUGCAGGAACAUAUUACUGGUUGGGAUACCCUGUUUAGUCAUCCUUCUGCUGAUUCCCGCUUUGGUUCUGCUCUGCAGAAAAUGUCGAUCUGGAGGGAAUGCAGAUGCGCCAGCAAAUCAACUGCCCAUGAGGGAGAUCCCACAGACUGAUUAUGCAGAAGUCCGUUGCAAGAAAUGAAAAGUCUGGCUCAAACCAAUCAAUACAGUCAAGUGAUUUUUUAAAAAAGCAUGGUUUAUUAGAAGGAGAGACAGAAGGAAGACAAUCAAAUGUCAGAAGUUUAAUAUAUUUUCCUCCCCACUUGCUGAAUGUUGAUGCUUGUAUUAAACUUGACGUUUCCUCUA